AUGGCUGAUCCGAAGGCAAAUGCUGUGCACACGUUCUUCAUGUAUCUGUCGUGCUCGCAAAGCCUCACAGUGACGAGAACCCUGGAGCUGUUGAUUCGACUGGUCUCUCGAUCAACGGCUGAGAUUCGAAGGACAUGGGCCGAGGACAUGUGCCAAUCUCACCACUUCAAGCGUCUCAUGGAGAUGGUCAUGCAGCAAGGUGAUCGACGAGUUCGGGGCCUUUACGAGACUCUGUUGGGCUUUGUGCUGAAGCAAUGUGACCAGACCCGCCUGAUGGAGACGGUGACGUCCUACUCGGAGGACGAGAUCUCCGCGGAAGAACGCUUCUACAUUGGCAAGAUCCUUUAUGGAUGUCUAUCUUGUGUGAAGUCGAUGCAGGAAACACGCCCUUUGCUGGCUCCUCCACUGGCAGAUGCCAUGAAGCCCGAGCAUGCUCAGGGAGUGAGCCGCAUUCGAAAGCUCCAGAUUCAAGGGGCGCCGGGAAUUGCAGUGGAGUGCAUACCGCUUCCGCCGCUUGUGGGGAAUGUGAGAACCCAGGUCAAGUUGUGGCAGCCGGACAAGGAGCAGCCUUAUCCUAUCUGCACAAACCCUAACGAGAUUUACAUCUGGAUCUCACACAGCGAGUCCGAGCUGGAUCAGCCAGUGAAGAGCCGUGAGGUUCCUCCUUGUGUAGUCGUGAUGUGCCACACGAAGCCGAUGCCCAAGCGUGGUGAGGAGAUGCGAGAGGAACUCUCACAGCGUUACGAAGGAACCACAGCUGACAAGAUCCUGUGCAAGAGCCUCGACUUCGCCGACUCCAUCUACUACCAGGUGCAGUUCAUGGGCGGGCGCGCCAUCGAACCUUUCGAGCAAGAGGAUGCGGAGCUGCUCCAGGAUGAGCCACCGCGAGUCAUCCUGAAGCUGCUCUGCACCAACAUGGUCAUGAAGGACAUGACGGAGCAGAAGGUCAAGCUGAAUUGCACUGCAGCCUUCGCCAUCAUUCCCAACCGCAGCCAGACAGUGGCAGAGUUCAUCUUCAAGCAGGUGGAAGACAUUGAGGAGGAGCUGCUGCAGGAGCUGGCGCUGGCAAGAGGAGAGCAGGACACCGGAGGAGAUGGGGCAAAUGAUGAGGUCGUAGAAGGCAUGGCGCUUCCGGAAGAGCUGGUGAUCCUGCAGCAAGACCCUUCCAAGACCGUGAUUUAUCAGGAAGAUGUUCUGCGCUGGGCACGUGCUGCUCGGAUUGCCGGGAAAACUCUCGAGGGCAUCGGAGACGGUUCCGUCGUCAAUGGUGGGCAGGACAUCGAUGCUUCCAAGGACGACAAUGCCGAGGCAGCCGCUGCAGCGGCUCUGCGUGGCUCCGGUUCCUACGGGCGUGUUGCUGAGAAGCUGCGGCCAAUCCAGCGGUUCUUUGCGCUGUGUCUGGUUGCGAUGACGAAGGCCAGUCUAUCGAGAAUGUCGGAUGCCAGGCAGCGCCUGAUCGAGCUCAUGGACUCCUUGGACUCCUACACAGCCCAGGCGAUUUGCGAGGCGAUCCUGGAACUGCUCACGAUGCCCAAGAAUAUUGGACUGUUCUCCAAGAGCAGCAUAGACAAGACACUGAUGAGCAUGGAGCAGACCUUCCAGCAGCCGGAGUCCGCCGAGCGAUCUCUUAUCGCCUUUGCAGACAUCUUGUGGAAGUAUCUGAAGCCUGACUCUCGCCUUGCAGAGGAUGGCCUGAAGGCUUCUGUCCGAAUCGUGCGUCCUCUGCUUGAGCUACUAUCCAGGCCCGACACAAGCAAAGAGCAGAAGUCGAAGAUUUUCACAAUCAUUCGACAAGGCAUGCGGUUCUCGAUUAUAUCCACUGACACGUUCACCCAAGGCGUAAUGAGCAAGGGUACUGGCAGUGGUGGCAAGGACAAGCAUGGAGCCAGCACCAUGCACCAAGUCCUGCGACCCAUGGAUUCGAGCUUGGAGGCUGUGGGGCAAGAAGAUGCCCGUGACACUGGGGAGCUCUUCUUUGACUUGAACCUCUGCUUUAGUGCAGCUUCGGUCUUGAAGUACAUCUGCUGCACUACCAGCCCAGAGGAGCAUUCCCAACUCAUCCAGCUCGAGGUGGUUCCAAAAAUGAUGCGGAUCCUCAGUGUCAUCCGGGACUUCUUGCCGAGGUUUGCCAACUCCAAAGCCAAUUUCCAGUACGACAUCCCUGGCUUCUGCACCAAUCCGCAGACCAACACGCUGUACAAAUCAGUAUACCGCUUGCUGCCGUACACGGCGAGCACGCGACUCUUCCGAGAAAUUUGUGGUUCGAUUUCGAAUUGCUGUCAGUGCUUGUCCAACCUCAUGCAGGAUCAGUUUCCGACGACCAACUGCAUUCCGCUCAUCCAGAUGUUGGCGUUCGAUGAGGGUGAUGGCCUGCGAGACUUGUAUGACAUGCUUCGGAACGUGGAAGUUGACAUUGGCAUCAAUGACCAGUCCCUUCUGGCGGAUUUGCAUCCUGACAUCACGCUCAUGGUCGAGUCUUUGCGAGCAAUCACAAUGAAUUGCAACCGGAAAAUGCGGUCCAGGGUGCUCGAGGUGAUGUACACAGCACUGCACCCGUACGGCCCAGUCUUGCCGAAAAUCAAUUCCAAGAAGCAGGACGUCAAGGAGCUGAAUCACGACUACCGCAUCCUGACAUACCUGAAGAACUCAGGGGCGGAAGCUGACGAGAAGCGUGAACAUUUCUUCCUCCCCUCGCGGAGCGAGAGGGCAUUCUCAUUCUCAGUGUGGUCUCGAAUGGACAAGGGCAUCUCCACACAAAUUCGCAUCGAGUGGGACUGCCACAGCUCGUCGGAGUCUACCCUGGAAUUGAAGCGGAAGGUUGAAGAGGGGUACGAUGUGCUUCCCAUCGAUGCAUCUUUCCGUAUUGUCCGGAAGCAGCAGGAUGACCACUUGCGCCUGCGGUAUGAGGAGGUCCGCGAGCUGAGGAAUGCCAAUAUGCAGAAGCGCCGCCGCAUAUGGAACUGGACUGACAAAGGAGGUGCAGACACACCUCCGAGGCCACUCAAGGACAUGAAGGAGCUCAAGGAGCAAAAGGGCUGGGCAUUCCUGUCCUUCAUCAUGGAGAUCGAGGAGGAGGACCGCAGCAAACAGGGCAGCUCGGACAAGGCCGAGGAGAUCGAGGAAGCCGGAGGACUUACCGAUGCGGCGGCCAAAGAGAAGGCUGCAGGUGACAACAGGGCCACUGCACACUUGCAGGUGUUCUACGGCCUCGCCAAGAGCGCCAAACCAGCUCGACCCCGUGCGCUCGAAAUCUCAAAGCCGCAUUAUGAGUACCAAGUGCAGGACCAGAACAUCAUUGGUGCAAGCCACUUCACCUUGACGACCUCAUCCUUAGGAGAAGGCACCCCACUUGGAAAUGCAACGGGUGCCACGUCGUCUGCUGCUGGAAACCAAAGUUUCAACGGUUCUUCACCGCGUGCGGCAACUUCACCGCGUGCGGCAACUUCGGCCCGAAGCCGACCGGAGUCUAUUGCUGGCAGCACAAAGGGUACGGAGGUCUCUCAGGCGGUCUCUGCGACCCCUUCAAACAACGUGACGCGAGCUCUGACGAACCAGACGGCCCCUCCAUUGCCAGAUGAAGAUUUUGUGAGAAUCCAGUUGGAAUCGUUCCUGCCCUUGCUCAUGCCUUUCAAAACCAACAGCGCCGCAAACGCGGGCCUCCUGACAAUCUCGCCCUACGAGGUGAACACUCCUGAGCGCCGAGAAGCGGCCCGACGAGCAAUCAUGAUGCCGGACGUCUUCCUCUCAAGAGACCUGGUGCCCGAGUUGGUGCCUUGCUGUCAGGUUGCGACUACAACCGACUUGUUGAGCACGCUCUCCGCUCACACCCUGUACCUGCUCACCAUGGCCUUUGCACGACCCCAGCCAGCAGACUCCGCAGAGGAGACGGACUGCACCAUCAAGCUCGGCCAGUUUCAGCAGGUUUUGGAGCAAUUUCGCAAGAAGUGCACAACAGGGACUGCAGAGGAAAACCUGGGAGGAAUCAGAGUCAUCGUGGAUGUUCUGUGGAAGCUGUUCACCCGCAGGAAGACCGUGGUGAGCGAGGAAGAGUACAAAGAAUUUGCGCAGAACAAGGACAGCUUGCAGAAGGACCCCUACUACUGGGUCAAGUUUGUCCAACGCAUCCUGGAGCUGCUGACAGACUUGUGCAUCGGCCCCGAUGGCAGCGCAAUCAACGAAAUUCAGGACUUCAUCACCCGGGAGCUGAUACAAACCAGCGAGGCUCUGAGCAUCCGACGGCGACCCGCGCCUGAGUGCUCGAACAACGUUUGGGCGAAUACGAGCAUCAAAGUGACUGAUCACGUGCAAGCUCGGGCGGAGAUUGAAAGGGUACCACACUUUGUGGGCAAAGGCAAAGGAUUGCAGCAGCUGAUGAGCCAGAAGGACGAGUUCACCUUGCUGAAGCUCGGCACCUCCAUCUUCUUCGACAAUUUCGAGAAUGCGUUAGAACAGGUGCAGAUGCCUGAAGUCGAGGACGAGGAGGAGCUGGCGCAGCAAGUGCGGAACAUGGUCCCGAGAGUCUUGUGGAUGCAGCAGCGAGCGCAGCCGCCGCGCUAUGAAGGGCGUGGCUACUUCCGAGAUGACUUGGAGAUUCUUCAGCCGAACCAGAUGAUUCAGCCAUGCCGGUUUCUCUACUUUGCGCUGGUGAAUUUGCUGGCCCACUUGACAGCAGAUCGCAACACGGACAACUCACAACUCCUUCAGGGGGUCAUUCCGCCGAGCGUUGUGCGUGGCCAGCUCAUCCAGCGUGAGGUUUUGAGAAAUGCCGGCCUGGUCUUUUGCCCAUCACACCUGGCAGAGCGACGACGCCAACAAGGCCAGAUCAAUGAGAGCCGGGAUGCUGCAGACUUGAGCGACCUGGCAGCGCUUUCUUCCCACACUGCAUUGCUUCUGCAUGCCAUCUUGGGCCAGCCUCCAUUUGCUGAUGAGUCAGUCCGAAGCUCCGUGAUUACACAGGUGUACUUGGAUGGCACGCGGGCAGAUGAUGAUGACAGUGCUUUCGAGGAGCUGCCAGGCGGCGGAUCCGCGCCCCUGACGCCGACCGACCUGCAAAGACUUUGCCACAUGUGCUCAUGGCAGUUUGCUUCACUGGCAGAGCUUUGUCGCGACAUGGCGAGUCCCGGGUUGCCACCGCCACGGACAGACUUCUCAGACUGCAUGGCCCACUUGAUUAGCGUCCUGAGUAUGCUGCUGUCCAAAUUGAUAGGCUUGGGAUACUUUGAGCGGUUUCGCAUGGAGGCUGAGCAACGACAGCAGGAGAGGCAAGAACGGUUGGACAGGGGUCUCCAGGCCAACAGCGACGACAGGGACGACGGAAGUGUGCAAAGCUACCAGAUUCGAUGGGUGACCGAGCUGUUCGGUGCCAUGCAUCGCUUGCUCCAAGUGCACAAGAGCUUGGCCACGGAUUUGUACCUGGCAGCCUUGAAAGACAUCUGCCGCCUGAUGAACAUGUGCUGCUCACUUUGCGUCAACACUCAUGUUACAUCCUUCAUGGAGACCUUCCGUGAAUUCCUGCCUCAGUCAGUCAAAGACAUGGCCCUGGGAAUCCAGCGCCCUCCACACUUGCAGAACAGCCUGGAGGCGGAUCAUGGUAAGCCGAUUACGGUGGAGGCCAUCGAGGAGGUGCCGAGCUAUGUUGUGAUCGUUUCCGACUUGGCACAAGUCGCUCUGCCAUGGCAGCCACCAGAUUCUGGCGACCGGGCCUGCAGACAGGCACUGGCAUCCUUUGUCCAAGUGCUGCUGGACUUCAUGGCUAUGAAUGACUCUGCUCUAGCGAUUGCUGCAGUGAUGCUUCUCUCGCGCUUGUGCCGGCGCCGGAAGGACUUUCUGGAGACAAUCCAGCGACUGCAGCUCCUGUAUGUUGGUGAUGAGCCCAAGUUCGAAGCGCUGGAACCUUGGGUACAAGAGGCCAAUCGCCAGCUGGACUUGGUGCACAAAGUCGGCAAGGAUUUCGAGGAUGUGAUGGACCAUGUCAGAGACUCCAACUUGGAGGUUUACACGAUCGGCUUUGCGGACAGCAUUGAGUUCAGCGAAGAUGAUUUAGGAGAUCGCAAGACCGUCGAGAAGCAGCCUCAAGAUUCCCGGACCAUUGAGUACACCGACAAGCAUCAGGCAAGUGGCGUUGUUGUCCGGUUGUCUCAGUCCAGCAUGGCCUUGAUCGAUGGCAAGGUGGUCAACGUCGACUUCUAUAUCAAGUCUGUCUGCAAGACUGGCGAGGAAGACGACAAUGAGGGUGAGGAUGCUUUGCUGGCACCCAUCUACGUGGGCGCCAUCUCCUCCAAGUACGUCGGCGAGGACAACAGGCUCACAGGAGACAGACGUGCCCAAGCUGCUGAGGGGUUCUUUGGCUGCGACGAGUUCGGGCACCUUUACAUCAGCGGACAUCGCAUUGAAGACAAGUUUGGCGGUUUCAAGAAGGGCAGCACAGUGGGCGUCGAGAUCGACUACUCAGACGAGGCCAAGAGAGCCAUGUUCAUCGUGGUUGAUGGGUUCAGAGUGGGAGCCAUCCGAAGAGAAGUUGAUGAGGGAAUGGUACCAUGCAUCAUCUUGAAUGGCAUGGGGCAGGUGGUUCGCGUCAACGUAGGGCGACCGCGUCGCGGGAAGGGCCUUCUCAUCAAGCGGGAGGACACCAUCCAAGAGGAGUGGCAGUCGCUGUACAAAGACCAUGCAGAGCCAGACACCACGGUGCUGCAUCUGACAUACCAAGUCGGCAGGGACCAAUGGUUCACUCGCGUGAAGUCCGACGAGGCAGGUAAGGCCUUCAAGGAGGACUGCAUCUACGAAGGCUGGAACUCGGCCUUUGCUGUUCAGUUGAAGGACCAGCAGCUUGCCAAGCUCGAGAAAAUCAAGGCGUUUUCAAGGCACUAUCAGGUGGACUCCCGCCGGGUCAGCAUCUGGUGCAUCAAUGUCACGCUGACGGGAAUGUUCAUUGACUCCGCCCAGAUCUGGCGGAGUCAUCACCUUGCAACACAGAAGGCUUGGAUGUCAUUCUACACGGACAAGACUGGCCCUAACUACCGCAAGGUGGCGUCGGACUGGAAAGAAGCACCCCGUGACGACAACAUGGAAGAAGAGACGCAGCAGGCUUCAGAGCACGACUCCGCGUGUCCUCAACCUCAGGCAACAAUCUAA